AUGGAAACUAAAGGCCGUAAACCGUUCUUCCUUAAUUUCAAAAAAGUACCUACACCAUUGAAGGUUUUCUGCGACAACAUUUCUGGUUCUCUCAGAUUCAUUGAGUCUCUAAACAUGCUUAUAAGUUUGGUGCGAACUAAUGUGGAUGGAGUUCUUCUCAACACCAUGGUUCAAUUCUAUGAUCCGUUACUACAUUGCUUCACUUAUAGAUAUUUUCAGUUGGUACCAUCCUUGGAAGAAUUCUCAUACUUGUUGGGGCUCCCUGUGCUCAAUCAAAUCCCUUAUACUAGUAAAGAAGAAGGUCCUAAGUGGGAAGUCAUCGCUGCUGCCCUACACUUGCCAAGAUCUGAGAUUGAAAAGGUUUGUAUUAGUAAGAAAGAGUAUUCUGGAUUACCCCUUGAUUUCCUUUACGAAAAGGCGGAGAUUUUUGCUAAAGCUUCAAGUAUGGAUGCUUUUGAAGCUGUUUUGUCUCUUUUAAUUUAUGGACAAGUCCUAUUUUACCAUUAUGACAAAAUUGUUGAUGUAGCUGCAAUCAAGAUAUUCCUUCGCAAGAAUCCCGUUCCUACCUUACUUGGUGAUUUACUACACUCCAUCCAUUUCCGAGUAUCAAAAAGGAAAGGUUGUGUCCUUGGAUGUGCUCCUCUGUUGCAUAAGUGGUUUAUUUCACAUUUACCCCUCUUCGUAAGAAAGAACGAAGAAGGUUUAACUUGGGCUCAAAGAAUUAUGAAGCUUUCUUUUGACGACAUCACCUGGUACCAAAAGGAGUUUGAAAGAACUUUGCUAUUUGAUAGUUGUGGAGAAUUCCCUAAUAUACCUCUUCUUGGCGUUUGUGGAGGAAUAACUUAUAAUCCCAUUCUAGCUCAACAUCAGUUUGGUUUUGCUUUGAAGGAUAAGCCAUGUUCCUUGUAUAUUAGUGCAGAGUAUUUCAGCUAUGAUUCAGACAAGGAAAAAAAAAAGAGAUCUCUUCAUCAAAGUUUGGUCGAAAGUAAAGAAAGUUGGUGCAAAAGAUAUAGGAAGGAGAAACUACAUGCCAUGGGACCCAUACUUCCAAUGGGUUUAUGA